CUUCUGGCAGGCCAGCAGAAGGAGGCGCCGGCGGAAGAGGCCCCCGCCCCGGAGGAAGCCCCCCAGGAGGAAGAACCCCCCAAGGAAGAGGAGAGGGAGAAGGUAGAGGCAGAACCGGUGGACCCGAAAGCCCGAGCGAAGGCGAAUUGGCUGCGGGCUUUCAACAAAGUAUGCAUGCAACUUCAGGAGGCUCGGGGCGAAGGAUCCGGAGAAUCGAAAUCCCUGUGGUUUAAAGGCGGACCCGGCGGCGGGCUCAUCAUAAUUGAUAGCAUGCCUGAUAUUCGCAAACGGAAACCCAUCCCCCUAGUUAGCGAUUUGGCUAUGUCUUUGGUCCAGUCCAGGAAAGCUGGUAUCACAUCAGCACUCGCAUCAAGCACUUUAAACAAUGAAGAGCUAAAAAACCAUGUUUACAAGAAGACCCUCCAAGCCUUAAUCUACCCCAUCUCUUGCACAACCCCCCACAACUUCGAGGUGUGGACCGCCACAACGCCCACCUACUGUUACGAGUGCGAGGGUCUGCUCUGGGGCAUUGCGCGCCAAGGCAUGCGGUGUACAGAAUGCGGAGUCAAGUGCCACGAGAAGUGUCAAGACCUGCUCAACGCCGACUGCUUGCAAAGGGCGGCUGAGAAAAGUUCCAAGCACGGGGCUGAGGACCGCACACAGAAUAUUAUCAUGGUGCUGAAAGAUCGUAUGAAGAUCCGGGAGCGCAAUAAGCCCGAGAUCUUUGAGCUGAUCCAGGAGAUCUUUGCCGUCUCCAAGACCAUUCACACCCAGCAGAUGAAAGCUGUGAAGCAGAGCGUUCUGGAUGGGACCUCAAAGUGGUCUGCAAAGAUCAGCAUUACAGUGGUUUGCGCGCAAGGGCUGCAGGCGAAGGACAAGACCGGGUCCAGCGACCCGUACGUCACCGUCCAGGUCGGGAAGACGAAAAAGAGGACCAAAACCAUCUACGGCAAUCUGAACCCGAUCUGGGAGGAGAACUUCCACUUUGAAUGCCAUAACUCCUCUGAUCGAAUCAAGGUGCGUGUCUGGGACGAAGACGACGACAUCAAGUCUAGGGUAAAGCAGCGCUUUAAGAGGGAAUCCGACGACUUCCUGGGCCAGACGAUCAUCGAGGUGCGGACGUUGAGCGGGGAGAUGGACGUCUGGUACAAUUUGGAUAAGCGGACGGACAAAUCGGCCGUCUCUGGGGCGAUUCGCCUGCACAUCAGCGUUGAGAUCAAAGGGGAGGAGAAAGUGGCACCGUAUCAUGUGCAAUACACCUGCCUACAUGAGAACCUCUUCCAUUUCGUGACGGACAUCCAAAACAACGGCGUGGUCAAGAUACCCGAGGCGAAGGGCGACGACGCGUGGAAAGUGUACUUCGACGAAACUGCCCAGGAGAUCGUGGACGAGUUUGCUAUGAGAUAUGGAGUGGAGUCCAUCUAUCAGGCCAUGACGCAUUUUGCCUGCCUGUCUUCGAAAUAUAUGUGCCCCGGGGUGCCAGCAGUCAUGAGCACUCUGUUGGCCAACAUCAACGCUUAUUACGCUCAUACAACUGCCUCUACCAACGUCUCUGCCUCUGACCGUUUUGCCGCGUCCAAUUUCGGGAAAGAACGGUUUGUCAAACUUCUGGAUCAGCUGCACAACUCCCUACGGAUCGACCUCUCCAUGUACCGGAAUAACUUCCCUGCCAGCAGCCCAGAGCGGCUGCAGGACCUCAAAUCGACGGUGGAUCUCCUGACCAGCAUCACUUUUUUCCGGAUGAAGGUCCAGGAGCUUCAGAGUCCCCCGCGAGCCAGCCAGGUGGUGAAGGACUGCGUGAAGGCCUGCCUCAACUCCACGUACGAGUACAUCUUCAACAACUGCCACGAGCUCUACAGUCGGGAGUACCAAACCGAUCCGAAUAAGAAAGGAGAACUCCCGCCGGAAGAACAAGGCCCCAGCAUCAAGAACCUGGAUUUUUGGUCCAAGCUUAUCACCUUGAUCGUCUCCAUCAUCGAGGAAGAUAAGAACUCAUACACGCCCUGCCUCAACCAGUUCCCCCAAGAGCUGAACGUCGGGAAGAUCAGCGCCGAAGUGAUGUGGAACCUUUUUGCUCAGGAUAUGAAAUAUGCAAUGGAAGAGCAUGACAAGCACCGGUUGUGCAAAAGUGCUGAUUACAUGAACCUGCACUUUAAGGUAAAAUGGCUCUACAAUGAAUACGUCACAGACCUCCCUUCUUUCAAGAGUCGCGUUCCAGAGUAUCCGGCGUGGUUUGAACCUUUUGUCAUUCAGUGGCUGGACGAAAACGAGGAAGUCUCGCGAGAUUUCCUGCACGGAGCCCUAGAACGAGACAAGAAGGAUGGGUUCCAGCAAACGUCGGAGCACGCCCUUUUCUCCUGCUCGGUGGUCGACGUCUUCUCCCAGCUGAACCAGAGCUUCGAAAUCAUCAAGAAGCUGGAAUGCCCCGACCCACAGAUUGUGGGCCACUACAUGCGCAGGUUUGCCAAGACCAUUAGCAACGUCUUGCUGCAAUACGCCGAAAUCAUCUCCAAGGACUUUGCUACCCAUUGCUCCAAGGAGAAAGAGAAAGUGCCCUGCAUCUUGAUGAACAACAUCCAGCAGCUGCGGGUCCAACUGGAGAAAAUGUUUGAAGCCAUGGGGGGGAAAGAGCUGGACACAGAAGCCAGCGACAUCCUCAAGGAACUGCAGGUGAAGCUCAACAACGUCUUGGACGAGCUGAGUCGAGUGUUUGCAACCAGUUUCCAGCCGCACAUCGAGGACUGCGUGAAGCAGAUGGGGGACAUUCUGAGUCAGGUGAAGGGCACUGGCAAUGUGCCGGCCAGCGCUUGCAGCAGCGUAGCCCAAGACGCCGACAACGUAUUGCAACCCAUCAUGGACCUUCUCGAUAGCAACCUGACCCUCUUUGCGAAGAUCUGCGAGAAGACCGUCCUCAAGCGGGUGCUGAAGGAGCUUUGGAAACUCGUCAUGAACACUAUGGAGAAGACCAUCGUGCUUCCGCCCCUCACGGACCAGACGAUGAUUGGCACUCUCUUGAGAAAACAUGGCAAAGGGAACGAGAAGAGCAGGGCGAAGGCGCCCAGUCACACCGAAGGCACGCAGAUGAUCUUCAACGCAGCCAAGGAACUGGGUCAGCUUUCGAAACUGAAGGACCACAUGGUGCGUGAAGAAGCCAAGAGUUUGACGCCCAAGCAGUGCGCCGUGGUGGAGCUGGCCCUGGACACUAUCAAGCAAUACUUCCACGCAGGAGGCGUCGGCCUGAAGAAAACCUUUUUGGAGAAAAGCCCGGAUCUUCAGUCUCUGCGUUACGCCCUUUCUCUUUACACGCAAGCCACGGACCUGCUCAUCAAAACCUUCGUGCAGACGCAGUCCUCUCAAGUCCAUGGUGGCAAAGGUGUUAGGUUUACUCUUAGCGAAGAAAUAUAUCCAGAGAAGGGAUCCGGAGUGGACGACCCCGUGGGAGAGGUCUCCAUCCACGUGGAACUGAUCACCCACCCUGGGACCGGGGAGCAUAAGGUCACUGUAAAAGUGGUAGCCGCCAAUGACCUGAAGUGGCAAACGUCGGGGAUUUUCCGCCCCUUUAUUGAGGUCAACAUCAUCGGUCCUCACCUCAGCGACAAGAAGAGGAAAUUCGCCACCAAGUCCAAGAACAACAGCUGGUCUCCGAAAUACAACGAGAGCAUCCAAUUCGCCCUGGGCACUGAGACGGGCCCCGAAUGCUACGAGCUGCAGGUCUGCGUGAAGGACUACUGCUUUGCCCGCGAGGACCGUACGGUGGGCAUCGCCAUUCUGCAGCUGAAGGACCUCUUGCAGAGGGGCAGCUGCGCCUGUUGGCUGCCCCUCGGCCGCCGCAUCCACAUGGACGACACGGGGCUGACGGUCUUGCGAAUCCUCUCGCAGCGCAACAAUGACGAGGUGGCGAAGGAGUUUGUCAAGCUGAAGUCAGACACGCGCUCGGCCGAGGAGGGCAGCGCCAGCUAAGCCCCACUGUGCCCUGCCCUCUCCCUGCCCUCCCAGUCCUGUGGUCCGUCAGCCCCAUGGCCUCCUAGCAUCACCUCCCGACCCUCGUUUAUGCAGCCAUGUCGAAGCCAUAAGAGAUCCCCGCCUUCCCCUUCCUUCCUGAAUUUGGGAGCCUCGCUCCCGCUGCCAAGGAUCGAACACCCUCCGAACACACACACACACAUUGCCAAAUCCGUUCAGUAUUAGCCGCUAUGGGGCAGAGGGAAAAGAGGGUAGCCUCCCCCCCCCCCAAGUCAGGACCCUUGGCCCGUCCAGAAAGGGGCGUUCUCUGCCCUACCUGAAGAUGCCCGCGGUUGAAUCUCCUGCGGGAAAACAGGGCUCUGCUGGUGAGAUGCUAGAUUUCUAGAUACGGGGGCCAAAGGUCCUGCUGCAUGUUUCCCAAGACAGACCCGCCACCUUCGCACUCAUGGCAUAGCUGUCAACCGUCCCUUAUUUGGCGGGAAAGUCCCUUAUCCUAGCGCCGUGUCCCGCUGCUGUCCCUUAUUGAUGAUGUCCCUUA